AUGGAGGUUAAGGAAGUUGAAGAUAAUGUGGAGUUUGUGUCGCCAACAGCUGCUGCGACGUUAUUAGGACGCCAAUCAAACUAUCAGCCGCUAUACAGUGAGGCUCCUAAAAUUAAAUCAUACCCGCUUAAUUUACUAUCGAAUGCGUCUCAGAGUAGGGUUCAAGAAGCGUUGGUGGUGCAAGACUUACUGAAUGUUUUGCUGGGGUUCGAAGGUACUUAUAUUCGUUAUAAUAACUCAUAUCGACCUGAUUCAAAUGUUGUACCAGAAUUUAAGAUUGCUAAAAUGAUGGAUCCAUCAUUAAAGUCAAUUUGUAAUAGAGUGGUAAAAUUAGGUCAAUUGUAUAUCGUUUUAACCUCGGCUAGUGAGAUUUGGUCUGAUUCAAUAUACGGGAAAGUUUUACAAAGGUUGAGUUUUGAAAUAAGACAAUUCUUAUCAAACACUUAUCUACCGUUUAUUGUAGAUAAAUUAGAAUUUGAAUUUAAAAAUAAUCCAAAUUUCAGUAUAAGAGAUUUAGAACAGCUGGCAUACGAUACAGAAGUGUACAAGCAGAUGUCGCUGUUAUUUAAUAUAUACCAAAAAAUUCAAGAAGAAAUUACCCUAAGAAAUAGUAUGGAUAGAAUGCAAGAAGAUUUCAAUAAUUUCAUGAAUGACUUGAAAGAGCAAGGAAAUUUUAAAGAUGGUGUGAUUUUGGUAACAGAUACAAGAAUACAAUCAAUCCCUAAAGGUGGUGUUAUUCUAAAGAUUAUACAGAACUUGGUAAAUGAAACCUUGGGAGAUAGAGCAAGCAUUGAUUUUUUGAGAAAAUUAUUAAACAAUAUUAGUAUAGAUUAUUGUAAGAUGUUGAAUGAUUGGCUUGUUCAGGGUGAGCUUAAUGAUAUAUGUAAUGAAUUCAUGAUUUCCGAUACCAUGAAAAAUGUAGAUAAUGUUGCAUCAAGUUUAAAGUAUGAUGAUAGAAUUUGGGAUACUCAAUACGUAGUGCGCAAAGAUGGUCUACUUGAUGUUUUUAGCACUAGUGAAGAAAGUGCCUUAUUAUACAAAGUGCUAAUGACAGGAAAAUUAUUGAACAUAAUAAAAAAAAGUUAUGGUAUUGUCCGAUUGCCAACUGAAGAAUUAGCAGAUGAUGUUCCUUCUUUUGUCGAAUUAAUGGAAAGUACAAAUUUGGAAUUAUAUAUUGAUAAAUGGUACAAUCGAGCAAAUCAAUUAUGUCUCGAUAUGUAUCUACGCGAUUAUGAUCUUAUUAAAUUUUUAAAAUUACUACAGAAGCAUUUCUUCAGUUACCAUAAUGCUAACAAUCUUUACAAAUUUUUACAAAAGAAUAUGAUUGAACUUACCCGACAUUAUAAAGGUACCUCUAAUAAUCAAGUAUUGAAAUUACAAAGAAACUUUGAACUCGAUAGGCAUGGUGCCCCAGAUGAAGAUAUUGUAUUUAAACUAUUGAAUUUGCAAUUAGAUUCUCAACCAUUUGAAAAGGUUAUUCUAUCUUAUAUUGGUGAAAAUAGUUAUGAUAAUCAAAGCGGUUAUAUGAAUUGUAACGAUGAAAAUGGAAAUCAAUUAUUGAGGGCAAAUAAUUUUCAAAAUUUAAGAGAUAUAUUAUUACAAGAGGUCCAAUCUGCCUCCAUUGAGGAGAAUUCAUCAGAUGUGGCACCAAAAACUAACAUUCACCAUUUGUUAUUUGAGAUUUUAAUACCAUAUCCAUUAAAUGUUCUUGUUACUAGGACAUGCAUGGUUCAAUAUCAAAUUAUCUCCAGGUUCUUUAAUCUAUUGCAAUAUCAUAGCAAACUUCUUGAUGACACAUGGUUUGAAAUAAAUAAGAAUGUGAUAUGGAAAUAUAGACAUUACCCGCCAGUCGUCAAAAAAAACGUUGUACAAAAAUGUAGAAUGUUGCAUAAUAGGAUGAGUCAAUUUGUGAAGGUUAUUUUGGAGUACUACACUCAAAACGUAAUUGAACAAGAAAUGAACAAAUAUCUAAAUGAGGAUCAUAAACUUAAUGACAGAAAAUAUGUGGUUGACUGGCAACUUCAAUUACAAGGAAGUUUGACCAAUAUUAUGACCAAUUGUUGUCUCUCACAGAUGUUCCAACUACAGUUGCAAAUAUUUGAAAUCAUAUACAAGUUCUGUAAGUUCAUCACCUCCAUGAGGCGCCGUCUGUGUCAGAUAGAUCCGGAUUUGCACGCAACUUACUUGUCGAAUUCCAAUGAAGAAUUUAAUGAGGAAGAAGUAUUAAAGACCACAAUCCCUGAGUUAGUAAAUUAUACAAGAAUAGUAUCUGAGAGCUUUGAACAACACACUUCAGCAUUUAUGGAAGGUCUUACCCACUAUUACCACAGAAGCAGAUCAAUGAAUAGCACGAAUUCAACUUCAGAUCCUACUAACAAUAAUUUUAAUACAGAAAGAUUGAUCGCAGCUCUGGGCAAAUAG